CUUGCGCCCGCGCUCGGCCUCGCCCGGGACCACGCCGCCACCAUGAACAAGCUGUACAUCGGCAACCUCAACGAGAGCGUGACCCCCGCCGACCUGGAGAAGGUGUUCGCCGAGCACAAGAUCUCCUACAGCGGCCCGUUCCUGGUCAAGUCGGGCUACGCCUUCGUCGACUGCCCGGACGAGCACUGGGCCAUGAAGGCCAUCGAAACUUUCUCGGGGAAAGUGGAACUACAAGGAAAACGCCUAGAAAUUGAGCAUUCGGUUCCCAAAAAACAAAGGAGUCGGAAGAUCCAGAUCCGGAACAUCCCGCCUCAGCUGCGGUGGGAGGUGCUGGACAGCCUGCUGGCCCAAUACGGCACUGUGGAGAGCUGCGAGCAAGUGAACACGGAGAGCGAGACUGCGGUGGUGAACGUGACCUACUCCAACCGGGAGCAAACCAGGCAAGCCAUCAUGAAGCUGAACGGGCACCAGCUGGAGAACCAUGCCCUUAAAGUCUCCUACAUCCCGGAUGAGCAAAUCGCGCAGGGCCCUGAGAAUGGGCGCCGGGGCGGCUUUGGCUCACGGGGUCAGCCCCGCCAGGGCUCACCGGUGGCCGCGGGGGCCCCGGCCAAGCAGCAGCAGGUGGACAUCCCGCUCCGGCUCCUGGUGCCCACCCAGUACGUGGGCGCCAUCAUUGGCAAGGAGGGUGCCACCAUCCGCAACAUCACCAAGCAGACCCAGUCCAAGAUCGAUGUGCACAGGAAGGAGAACGCGGGCGCAGCCGAGAAGGCCAUCAGCGUGCACUCCACCCCCGAGGGCUGCUCCUCCGCCUGCAGGAUGAUCCUGGAGAUCAUGCACAAGGAGGCGAAGGACACCAAGACGGCUGACGAGGUCCCCCUGAAGAUCCUGGCCCAUAAUAACUUCGUGGGGCGUCUCAUUGGCAAGGAAGGGCGCAAUCUGAAGAAGGUGGAGCAGGACACGGAUACAAAGAUCACCAUCUCCUCGCUGCAGGAUCUCACGCUCUACAACCCUGAGAGGACCAUCACAGUGAAGGGUGCCAUCGAGAACUGCUGCCGGGCGGAGCAGGAGAUCAUGAAGAAAGUCCGUGAGGCCUACGAGAACGAUGUGGCCGCCAUGAGCCUGCAGUCGCACCUGAUCCCUGGCCUCAACCUGGCUGCUGUGGGGCUCUUUCCAGCCUCAUCCAGCGCUGUCCCACCGCCUCCCAGCAGUGUCACGGGGGCUGCUCCUUACAGCUCCUUCAUGCAGGCCCCGGAGCAGGAGAUGGUCCAGGUGUUCAUCCCCGCCCAGGCCGUGGGCGCCAUCAUCGGCAAGAAGGGCCAACAUAUCAAGCAGCUGUCGCGCUUCGCCAGUGCCUCCAUCAAGAUUGCACCACCCGAGACGCCUGAUUCCAAGGUUCGAAUGGUCAUCAUCACUGGACCGCCAGAGGCGCAGUUCAAGGCUCAGGGAAGAAUCUAUGGCAAACUGAAAGAGGAGAACUUCUUCGGGCCCAAAGAGGAAGUCAAGCUGGAGACCCACAUAAGGGUGCCAGCUUCCGCUGCAGGCCGGGUCAUUGGCAAGGGUGGCAAAACGGUGAACGAGUUGCAGAACUUGACGGCGGCGGAGGUGGUGGUGCCAAGAGACCAGACCCCAGAUGAGAACGACCAGGUCAUUGUGAAGAUCAUCGGGCAUUUCUAUGCCAGCCAGAUGGCCCAGCGAAAGAUCCGAGACAUCCUGGCUCAAGUGAAACAGCAGCAUCAGAAGGGACAGAGCAACCAGGCCCAGGCUCGGAGGAAGUGA